AAGAAAUGGUCUUUGGUGAUUGGUGCUAAAGCAGUGACGUCCAAAACUCCGGUCGAAUCCUGAACUCUGAUUUGUCAGAUUGUUUAUCCUGGGGAAAAGCGGUUUAUCUAGGAGACUCAAGUUAGGGUAUACAACAAUGUGUAGCAGAAGCUAAAUCAACUAAAACUCAAUCUUGGAAGGUAAGGUGCAGCUAUCCCAGAGGGAUUGAGUGGACAAGGGAGGAGGUGGAGGAGCUGUCAGUGUCUCUGGGCCACCAGGAGGAGUGUGGCCCAGGCCUAACAUUGGGUCAGCUUUCUCGACCACAUAGUCAAUACACAGUUGCUGACGUGGAUACAACAGAUACACAGCUUGCAGAGACCAUCAUUGUCAACCUGCAGAGGAAUAUCACUGCAAUACAGGGCAUCAUCACAAAAACACAAUCUGAUAGCAGGUCGACCCAGUCUCACCCCUCACAGAACUGGCUCAGUGCAAAAUCCAACCAGGAUCUGGACCAGGACCAGGACAAGGACCAGGACCAAGACCAGGACCAAGACCAGGACCAAGACCAGGACAAGGAGCUGCAGGAUUUACUGAAAAACCUGCAUCAGGAGAGAUACUGCUUGCUCAGGCAGGUGGAGAAGCUCAGCCUUACAGACAGAUGCGUGUGAACAGGAUGGUGCUGUGUCUGCAGAGAGAGAGCAGGACCUGGGCAUAGAGGAGGGCCUCAGACAGACUCGUGACAGGGACGUGGACGGCGUUCGGUGGAGCGAGGAAGAGGAGAACCACACACAGGAGGCCCGCGCUCCGAGGAGGAUGCUGAGGGAGAGGCGCUGCUGCAGCCCCUCCAGGGGCCCCCCCUCCAGGGGCCCCCCCUCCAGAGGGCCCCCCUUCAGCCGAAGCCCCACGCGCCACAGCCCUGUCAAGGCGGGCAGCUACGACUGUGAGCUGAUGAGGGUGCUGAGAGAGAGAGACGACAUGCAGAGCAUGCUGGAUAAGUACGAGCGCCACCUAUCAGAGGUCCAGGCCAACGUCAAGGUGCUCAGUGCCGACCGAGAUAAGACCAGUAUGCACUACCAGAAGGCCCAGGAGGAGAUUGCGGCGCUGAGGCGCGAGGUGAUCAAGUCCAAGUCGACGCGCGUCGGCAAGGGCUGCGUGACGGCCCAGAGCAUCCUGAAACGCGUGGAGGCGGAGCGAGACGAGGCCGUGAGCGACCUUCAUCGCAUGAGCACGGAGAGAGACAGCCUGAGGGAACGUCUCAAGAUCUCCCAGGAGACAGCCAUAAACGAGCGGGCCCACCUGGAGCAGAGGGUGGAGGACCUGCAGAAGACCAUCCUCACUCUGGAGCAGGAGCGGGGCGACCAGUUGAACAAGCUGUCCCUGAUGCGGGACACGGUGAUGAGGCUGGAGGAGGAGCUGCACUGCCUGGACGUGAAGCUGGCGGCCUCGCAGGAGGAGCUGGGCAGGGCCAGGAACGAGAGUGGGAUGCUGAGACUGUCCAACACCCAGACGGAGACAGCCCUGAGUGACAGCCAGCGCAGACUGACCUCCAGGAUUGGAGAGCUGCAGAAGGUGCAGGAGAGGAACAGACAGCUGGAGGAGAAGAAUGAUUCUCUGCUGAGGCAGAUGUGCUGUCUGAGAGAGGAGGUGGGGGGUCUCCAGUCCACCAUAGCAGACCUGGACCUACGCAGAGACUCCCUGCACGAGCGACUGGAGAAGAAAAGUGACCUCCUUGUCGACGCCCAAAACCAGCUUGAAAAUAAGGAUGUGGUGAUUGGGAGUCUGAGGCAGAAUGUUGAGGAGUUAGACGGCACGACACAGUGUCUGAGGGACACACUGACUGGGCGUGAGCGUGAGGUGGAGGUGCUGAGGCAGAGGCUGGGAGACGCAGGGGAGGAGCUUGGCGCGGUCGCCAAGGUGAAGGACGCCACCCUGCGGGAGAACGCGAUGCUCCGAGAGGACCUGGAGAGGGCCAGACUGGACGGCCAGGCUCUGCAGCUCAGAGCAGAGGACUCCUCCCAGGAAGUGCAGAACCUUCAUAGGAAGGUGCAGGAUUACAUGUCCGACAUCUCCCGCAUCGAGAGCCUGCUCUCUGUCAAGCAUUCAUCCUUGUCCGACUGGAGUUGGGAGAGUGAGUGCAGGGAGCAGCAGGAGGCCCGUCGCCGGGUGUCUGCCCAGGCGGAGAGCUGGGAGGAGCAGGCGCGCCAGGCUGAAGGCAGCCUGAGCCAGCUGAGGGCUGACCUCCUGACCUCCGACAGGGACAGACUCAGGCUGAAGGACAGGAUGGAGGGCCUGGAGACCAGCCUGCAAGAGGCCUUGCUGUCAGAGCGGAGUUGCAGCAGCCAGCUGGCCCAGCUGAGCAGGAGUCUGCAGCAGAAAGAGGAGGAGUUGAGGCAGGUCCAGGACCAGCACUCCUCCUCCUACUCGGACCUGGAGAAGAUCCGCGAGCUCUGCGUCAAACUGGACGCCAGCAAGGAGACUGUGCAGCGGGAGCUGGAGGCUUGCAGCUCGGAGGUGGAGACCCUGCGUAAGCAGCUGGCCAGCGAGCGGCUCAGCGUGAAGAGCCUGGAGGCCAUGCUGGUGUCCUCCAGGGAGAAGGAGCUCCACAGACAGCUCAGCUCCCAGGAGAAACACAGCCAGGUCCAUCUGCUCCGAGACAAGCUCACCGUGGCCGACAGCAGGGCGAGCUGUCAGAACAGGGAGGUGGCCCAGCUGAAGACCCGGUCAGCACAGCUGGAGGCUGACCUGGAGAUGACCAAGAGACAGCUCUCCACAGAACGCUUCGAGAGGGAGCGAGCAGUGCUGGAGUUGCGGCGUCAGGGUCUCUCCUCCUCUUCCUCCGGCCUGCGUGCCUCCCCUCACCCCCGUCGCUCCACCAGCCCACGGGUGUCCUGGUCCCCUGAACGCGCCUACCGCCACAGCCCCCCCGACCACCUGGGCCCCUCCCCUGAGAGGAGUCUGGGUUUCUAAGUCCUGUAAGACUGAUCUCCCCUCCCAGGGAACACCUGGGUACCAGCCCCCCUGAUGCGCAUCCUGCAUUGAAGCCAUACCACAGCCACCGCAGGAAUGCAUGAGACUAGGGACUAACACAGCUACACUCCUUUCUGGGUGUUCUAUGUCUUAUAAAAUGAAUCUAUUUAGAUUGUUAUCACCUCAGAUGUACUUGAUGUGCUGUCAAACUUCAUAUUAAAUCUAGAUUUCCA